GCGGGCACGCUGCCCGGAACUCUGCUCGUGUCCAGAGCCGCGACUUCUUGGACCUCCCAGAGCCGCUUAGGCUGUCGCGGAUUCCACAUUCCACCGGGACAAGCUCCUUUCCUUGCGUACCUCUCCAUCUUUCACUAUCUCUCACUCUCCACGAAGUACUCUCAUCCGGCUAGUCAAGUCACCCUCUUGUGAAAACCAUCUACACACGCAUACGAAUACAUCGCACACGUGCGUUCACGCACUCGCAUUGACACCAUCCCCCGAGUCGCCUUAAAUAGCCGUCAACAUGUCUGACGACGAGGACCAAUACUCCAGCGAGGAGGAAGUCGAAGAAGUGUAAGCAGCCGGAGAAGAAAACCGAGGGUAGGGCGUCCCAAAAGGAAUCUGGCGAGAAUAUCGAGUUUAUGAAGAGGCAAGAACAGAAAAGAAGCGAUCUUGACGAACAGCUCAAAGAAUACAUAGCGGAAUGGCGAAAGCAGAGAGCCAAGGAAGAGGACGAGCUGAAGAGAUUAAAGGAAAAACAAGCCAAGCGCAAGAUCACUCGCGCAGACGAGGAGAAGAGAUUGGCCCAGAAGAAGAAGGAGGAGGAGGAACGUCGCCAACGUGAAAUCGAGGAGAAGAAACAACGUGAUAUCGAAGAGAAAAGAAAGCGCUUGGAGGAAUCGGAAAAGAAGCGACAGGCUAUGAUGCAAGCGAUGAAAGAUCAGAGCAAAACUAAGGGUCCAAACUUCACCAUCACUAAGAAGGGUUUGGAGGGUAAUCUUACAUCGGCGCAAGUUGAGCGUAACAAGACGAAGGAACAACUCGAGGAAGAGAAGAAAAUCUCCCUCAGCAUUCGUAUCAAACCGUUGGAGAUCGAAAAUCUGUCCAUUGACAAGCUUCGUACUAAGGCUACCGAAUUGUGGGAGAGCAUAGUCAAACUUGAAACCGAAAAGUACGAUCUGGAGGAGCGACAAAAGCGUCAAGAUUACGAUCUUAAAGAGCUGAAGGAACGUCAGAAGCAACAACUGAGGCACAAAGCCUUGAAGAAGGGUCUCGAUCCCGAGGCUUUAACUGGCAAAUAUCCUCCGAAGAUCCAAGUUGCCUCAAAAUACGAACGUCGCGUCGAUACCAGGUCCUAUGACGAUAAGAAGAAACUCUUCGAAGGUGGCUAUGACACGCUCUUAGCGGAGACGAGCGAGAAAGUAUGGAAACAGAGAUCGGAACAAUUUAUGAAGCGAACCAAAACGAAGUUACCUAAGUGGUUCGGCGAACGACCGGGCAAAAAGCCUGGUGAUCCCGAGUCACCAGAGGGUGAGGAGGACGUAAAGGCUGCCGUCGACGACGAUCUUGAGGAGCCGCAAUUUGACGAAGAAGAGGAAGAAGAGGGUGGCGAGAAGGAAGAAGUUGAAGAGGAAGAGGAGGAGGAAGAGGAAGAGGAGGAGGAAGAAGAGGAGGAGGAAGAAGAGGAAGAGGAGGAAGAGGAAGAGGAAGAAUAAAUCCUUUUAAUUGCUUCGGCACGUGUAUACAGUUAUUAAGAAGAAUAUUUGAAAAAUUCUCAAAAUGGUCAUUGCACAGUCUCACGUUAACAUUUCUUCGAACCGUCGAAUGUAGUCAGUGGUGACAGUAAAAAAUGCCCAUAUAUGACGGCGUCUUCCAUCUAUUUCCAAAAACUCUCAUCUCCAUCCUUACAUUACGUUACAUCAAGUUUUUUUUUUCUUCAAGAUUGAAACGAGACGAAUGUGACGGAUGUUAUUCUCUUGUAGUAAAUUUUAUCGUU